AUGACGAAGAAGAUGAUUGAGAUGCAGCAGACAACAGACAAUGACAUUGUAAACAUAAAGGUUGAUGCUUCCAUCGGUGAAAUGCUGCAUAUGAGGUCAAACAGUCCAGUUUUCAACAAUGGAUCUAAAUUCAGGUUUGUGGCAAAUAGAAAUGGCAGAAAAGGACAAAGAGAAGCAAAUCUAAAACUCAAGCCAUCAAAAUGUAUAUUUUUCCAAAAACAAGUCAAAUUCUUAGGUCACAUAGUUUCUUCACUGGGUAUCCAGACAGAUACUGAGAAAAUAUCUGUCGUCAAAAACUGGCCUAUUCCAAAGAAUGAAAGACAAAUCCGAUCAUUCCUCGGACUUAGUUCUUACUACAGAAGAUUUGUGAAGAAUUUUGCAGAGAUAGCAAAGCCCCUCCAUGAUUUAUACAAGAAAAAGACAAAGUUCUUCUGGACCCCUGAAUGUCAGAAUGCAUUUGACACUCUCAAAACAGCUCUUACAACUUCGCCAAUACUUAGGUUCCCAUUACCUGGACUACCAUCUACUCUAGAUACCGAUGCCAGUGAUAAAGCUGUUGGUGCUGUUUUGUCUCAGAAUCAAGAGGGCAAAGAAAGAGUAAUUGCCUAA